CCACAACCAAAGUUAAGGGUAAAUCUAGGCAACAAUUUUUGCGUGACGUGCAAUGGUUAUCUGAAAAUAUCAUUGAUUUGGAUUUCAGGCAUAGCUGAGGAUGAUCUGGUUCUUGAAGUGGUCAUAUUAAUUGGUACGGUGUCGUUAGAUGAUGAAUGCGCUACAGUGUUUGCGAGAGAGGGGAUCAUUCAAAUGCUCAUAGACUUGUUAAACGGUAAGAAUCACAACUCGCUCUUGCUAUUAUUACUUGGCAUAUCUCCCAGCCUUUCUUGAAAUAGUGAAUUGUUCUGUACUAGUUCCAGCCACUACAGCAAAGGGUUCACUUACAAGGUAACGAGUUAAUUUACAAGAGUAUCCUGGCCAGGUUUUUAAUGCAGUGUUUAGGCUAUCUUUUAUCUUUUUAUUUCAGCUUUUUUUUUUUAAAUGUGACUGGCGUCCCUCUUCAUGUACUGUUAAAAUUAAUAGGGCUAUAACAUUCUGCAAAAGUUAUUGUUAUAAUAAUGACCAGAAGUAGUAGUGCAUACCACUCGAGUUGCAUAGAAUUUUUAUCCGAAGGCAGAUCCCAAAUUUGCUUGAUUGUAAGCUUUGUUUUCUUAAUGAAGGUUAUGUGACCAGUAUCACUCGGAUGACAAUGAAAUUCCGAGCACGAAUUAAAAUGACCUACAACCGCUCGAAAUAAUAGUAAACGAGUUUUGAAAUAAAAGACGCUAAAUGGGCGCCAGAAAGGCUGAUUUGCUCACAUGUUUACGUUUUUAAGCUAAUGUACCUUGUCUUUUCACUUCUGCAGCUAAACAAGAAGAUGAUGAAGUUGUUUUGCAAAUCGUGUAUGUGUUUUACCAGAUGAUAUUUCACAAAGCUACCCGGGAAGUGAUUAUCAAGCAAACACGUAUCCUUUGAAGACGUAAUCCUUUUACUCCUCUAUUCUCCCCGUUCGCGUAACCCUUCAUUUCCCCAAACUGUGCGCGAAUCAAAAUUAAAUAAAAAUGUACAAAUUUUAGUUUCAAGACAAGAAAAUAGUUGGUACCAUGUCUAAGCUCCGCGUGAGAGGUUCUGUUUGGUUGAUCACACCAGAGGGUGUUCCUCAUAUAUGAUGUAUUAAAGGCAUUUGUCUUGCGUGUAUCAUUUCAGUUAACACAACAGCAGACUCUAUGCUCGCUUGUUGUUAUGUAUUUCGUUUAAGCAAACUGCUUUUUGUAAGAUGUAUAAAAAAAAAGACACUUGUGAUAAAAUCCAACUUUGCUAAUCAUUUAUAAACAAACCUGUGCAAAGACAAAUGGAUCAGCAUCAGAUCCUAGGAAAGUGACCACGCCCACCUGGCUUUCCUGUGGCAAAUCACAAUCUUCCACCAAUGAGAGCGUGCCCGGCUUCCAUAUCAUAUAAUUGAGGCAAUUUAAGGGCAACAUCGUUCCUAGGGUUCUCCCCUUCUUAGUUUGUUUAGUGUUAGCCUUUUGUGAUUGUUGAUCAGUCCUUAAUCUAAUCUCCAUCAGAGGCCCCAGCUUAUCUUAUUGAUCUGAUGCAUGACAAGAACACGGAGAUCCGCAAAGUGUGUGACCAGACCCUAGACAUCAUCAUGGUACAGUGCUAGUUUGUUUUUACAUGUUGUCUAGUAAACUGUUACGUUAUAAGAGGUAAAUAGAGGAGACACUUGUGAGAAAGUUCUUCGCUAAUCGUUUAUAGACCCCUGGUUUGUAAAACAUACCGUUAACAAUAGCCCACCUUCAAGAUAUUAAAAUUCUAACAUGACUCCGAGGCAAUGUCUUUUUGAGUCUUUCGUAAAACCUCAAUUGUUGAUCGCACCAUCUGCAACACAAAGAAACUACACUUUCUUGCGCACACAGUGGCAUUGUUCAUCGGCUGUUAUGAGAAUUCACAGGAAACUAGGUCCAAAACACAUCCACAGUCAGUGCAGUUCGAGACGUGAAUAUCGCCUUCUUUUGCCCACCAGUAAGAGAAAUUCAGAGUGACGUUUACUGCAAACAGCAAAUGUCAGAUUCAAGUUGAGAAUUUCUCAAAAUAGAAAACGUGCAGCUAAAAGCAGUCCAAAACAAUUGUUACAGACAAAACUAACGUGAAGCUACUAAUUUGGGGGUAGAGGUAAUGAACAGUAAAGCACAAGCUAAGGGAAAACUUGGUGACAUGGUCCACGUUUGCAUCCUGACGUAAACGUGAAUCUAAAUCUCUCUAUUGUCGCGCGUGGCCGUUUUAAAUUCGAGUUAUUUCUGUUACAAGAAGAAGGAAGAUCGCUAGUUUUCGGUGUUGAAUCUCGGUGACUAUCUAGGGUGACCCCCAUAUCUUUGAUCUGUUUACGUUUUACAGGAGUAUGAUGAAGAAUGGGCAAAGAAAAUCCAGGCAGAAAAAUUUCGCUGGCACAACUCGCAGUGGCUGGAAAUGAUAGAAAACCGUGUACCGAUGGAAGAUAAUGACAGCCUAAUGUACGGAGAUGAUGGCUUCAUGGACGGAGAUCCUCUGGACAGACCUGACCUCUUCUACGGUCAUCCGGGAUACGACGACCCAGUCACGCUCAUGUCACGUGAAGGAGCCAUGUCCCCGGAUUACCUGAUGGAAGAUCCGGGUGAAUACGGGAUGUACAAUGGCGAAGCGUACAUGGAUGCUGCGGGACAUCCCGUCAGUCCAUAUGCCAUGGCGCAAUACCAGGGAUACCCUGAAGAAGGCAUGGGGUAUUUAACGGAGGAGGCUGCCAUGGGAUCUUGGGGACAUUUGAUAGAUGAUGAGCCUGACCAGGGAGGUUAUGGUCCUCCCCAAGGUCAAAUUGCACGGCCGAGUAGCCGGUAUGGUAGGCCUGUGUCACCUGGUUAUACAGAGGCAUACGGGGCUGAGUUGCUGGAGCCUGACACUGAUAUGUAUGGGCGUCCUGUUUCGAGGAUGAGAUCGAGCUACGAAAAUCACUAUGGAUACAGAUAACAUGCAAGCACUGCUUGAGAAAUUGAUUGUUAACCCUUCAAGUCCCAAUAGUGGCCAACAGCAAUUUUCUCCUAACAAUGUCCAUACAUUUUCAAGAGAUAAGGUUGUGAGAAUAGAGAGUUUUAGAUCCGAGUUUACCGCGAACCUCUAACCGCUGGAGGUCACGUGACAAGUCUUUCUCGUCACGUUUGAGGUUUACGACGUGCGUUUUCAACGUGGGGAGAUAGAUUUUCACGUAUGUCAUUUACCUGAAAGAUUUUAGAGUAUAAAUCUUGUUUUAUCCCACGUAAUGAUACAAAAAUCUUGUGGAGCAAGUCUUUAUCCAUUAACAAAGGCACAAAUACGGGCGAAAUGCUAAAUUUGAUAAAUCCUAUUGGAUCUUGAAAACAAGUGCCAUUCAUGGCUGCUGGUUCAAAAUGGCGGCCGUAAAAUUGCAAGAAGAACUAAUGUAAGAAUUUACAGCUCUUUGCUGCUAGAUAACCCAGUGUUACCGUAAAUUUCUUUUAUUUUCACUGAUUGAUUUUUCUUCUAUUUCUAAGUGGAAAAAUAAACCAGAAUCCACUUCUUUAAUCCACCACCAAUCUAAAUCGAAUUAUGUUUGAACGUUGAACCGCAAACGGGUAACGGCAAACCGCGGUUAGAGGUUCGCGGUAAACUCGGAUCUAAAACUCUCUAAUAUAAAAAAUGAUGACGAAAGAGAAAAUGCCUUGAUGUUUUAUUAAAUUCUCUCAACUAAUUCUUAAAGGAAAUGUAUGGAGAUCAGUUUGGAGAACUUGUAUGUGGAUACUGGGGCUUAAAGGGUUAAUUCGUUGUAUUUAAGUUGUACAUUUCCUUUCUACCAAAAUCAUAAAAUUACCAAUCUCUGUAUGUGUGUGUAUAUAGCUCUUCUCUACAAGCUUGAGAUAUUUCAGAGGUUUUGCGCGAAAAAUUUAACAAAGCUUGGGAAAAAUUCUCGUGCUAUUUGCCGUUUAGGUCAACGUUGGAUACGAGCGGAUUAAGUCAUCCAGUGACAAAACCUUUUCGGGAAAUUGUAUUAAAAAUUGCGGUUUUUCGUUCUAGAAAACGUUUUGAACGAGCAUUUUAAGCUCUCUUGAUUUCAAAGAUGAUACCGUUACGUCUCCCUGGCUUUGUAAAUAGGUCGUUAUAAGAUUGUGUGAACUGUGCAGGGCUAAUAUUAAAACACUAAUAAAAAAUACUGAAAGCUUG